AUGGAUCAAACACUCGACUCCAAACUCGAACUUUUCGACUUUGAUUGCAACUUGACACACAAAGAUCUUUGCCAUAAUGUCAAAGCGUUAAUCCAACAAGCAAGAGCUGUUGGGGUCAUGGAAAUGGUCAUACCUGGAGCUACAAUUGAAGAGUCACAACAAGCUAUUGAACUCUGUAGACAAUAUCCAACUCAAUUAUUUCCAACGGCUGGAGGGGAAUGUGGAUUAGACUACUCACUGAGUUUUCCAGCACCAGAGGUCCAGAAAAAAUGGUUUGCUGAACAACUGGCAAUGGCCUGUGCGUUGAAAAAGCCACUUUUCUUACACGAACGACUUGCACAUGACGAUUUUAUCCAAUUGAUUGAUGAAGCUAUUAUGAAUUUUGAUGGAUAUUUUCCACCAGCAGUUGUCCAUUGUUUUACAGGGAAUGAAGACGAACUGAAGGCGUACAUUGCACGUGGCGACAACUGGUAUAUUGGCGUCACGGGUUUUAUUUGCAAGAAACAAGGAGCGGCACUGAAACAAAUGGUUAAACAUGUGCCUCGACAUCGACUCGUUCUUGAGACAGACGCACCGUAUAUGGGAUUUCCCAAUUGUCGACGUGCUGAGUCAAGUGAAAAGGAAAUUGCACGGAUCACAAGAGCAAACGCACGCCGCUUUCUACGUCUAUAA